UUCUUCAAAAUCCAGCUUCUUCAUCUAAAUCCUCUCUAACUCUCUUCACUUGCAACUUGCACCCAGUAGUGGUCUCUGAUUUGCAGACCUCUGGUGGAUGCUGUUGCAUUUCUUCAGCUGAUAAUAAUUGUGUUCAUCUCUAGUUUUGGGAGAUGUCAGCCCUUCUUAGCAAAAGCCUACGCCUAUCUUCAACCUUGAAGAUCGACGAAGAGGCCAUGGUUACAAAGACUCAAGGUAUCGGAUCCAUUCUUGGGUCUGAUUCUGAAAGAAGUAAAUCUUGUUCACUGAGAAGGACGCUUUCAGCUGAUAUGUCAUCCACCAAAUGGCUUACACAACAUGGGUUCUCUCCCAUGAAAAAGAUUGCAUCGUCUAAAGAGUUCUCAAUCUCUUCUAUCAUUGACUCUUCAUCAUCAGAAGGAGAAGAAGAGGACACUGAGACUGAGCAACAAAGCCAAUUGGAUUUUUGGAGCUCAAUUCAAGAAGAGGUGUAUGAGAAAAAAGAGGUUGAUGAAAAGCCUGGCCAAUUCGACAUAUGGAGUUCAAUCAUAUCACAAAAAGCUCAAGAUGCCUCCAACAAAUCACUUCCACCUCCUUAUGUUCACCCUCUUGUCAAAAGAUCAGCCAGUUCUUUAAGCGAAAAGAGCCUUGAAAUUUGCACCGAGAGUCUUGGAUCCGAAACCGGCUCUGAUGGGUUCUCUUCUUACCCAUCAUCAGAGACUGGUGACACCGACGACGACAAAGAGAUGGACCAAGAACAACCUCUGCAACAACCACAAGAAGAAGAAGAAGAAGAAGAAAGAAUGACACAGAAUUUUGAUGUUAAAGAAGUGCUAGUUCCCAAGUUCAAUUACGUUGUUGGCAAAAAAUCAACCGAACGAUCAUUUCCUCCCCCAAUUUCUUCUCUUUCUCGCCACGAUGGAGCAUCCAUUCGCAUGCAGUCUCGUCGCGACAAUGGUAGACUGGUUCUUGAAGCUNGAAAAUAG